AAAAAUGUAUUUCAUCAUAUUUUACCAAUAUUUUUUCCCACGGCUAUAAAUCAUGGCUAGACAUUCGAGUAGUAUUGAUACGGAUUUACAAUAAAGUAUUAUGAACUUUAGUAAUAAUGAUGUGGGCGUUCGCACCCUACAACAGUAUGGAAAAAUACAUCUCGAAUAUGUUUGUGGGAAUCCCGCAUGGUGCGAGAUCGGAGCAACGCGGCGUUGCGGCGCCCGCAGCCGCCAGGACGAGGGUCGAGCUUUGAGAGACGGAGGGGUGUGGCUCACGAGACUCGCCAUUGGCUUCCCCGCUACAGUACACUAUCGCCCUAUACGCCCGACGAGAACAAUCUAAUAUCUCACUUCGGUUCAUCUACUAUGAAAUAAAAAUACCACUCCGGUUCGCACAUCCGACCAGCUCGGUCACCGCACUCAUUGGUUGUUACUGUCCUUUGUGCUUCGUAUUAUGGUAAUAUAAAUUGACCAACCGCGGAGCAAAUUCGGUUAGUUCGUUAAAGUUGAUUAAAGCCAUUUAACCGGUACGGACACGGCGAAACGAACGGCGCGAGCGUCGAUCCCGCGGAGUUGUCUCAAUGAGCUUCAAUUGUUUAAUAUCUAAGUCGAUAAUUCGAUAGUGAAUCGGGCUCGCGGAGCCCGAGGUCCGAGGCGGAGAGACGGCGAGGCAGGACGGAGUCCAGCGAGGUUGCCGCUGAGGUAGCGGGUAGUGCACCCGCCGCCGACGGCUACAUGUACGUGUGCGGGGAAAGCGGCGCUGGGCCGCGGUACGAGUGCGCCUUCGACGGUGGCAUGGAACAGCCCUUCGACGAGCACAUGUUCAGCGAGUUUGGCAAGGAGAGACAGGUGCAGGUUGUUGUCGGAGCCAGCGGGGAACUGCAGUACCGUGACGAGCUGCCGGUGUAUGCAACGGCUGAACAAAAACGGAAGGACGAACCGCUCCUGCUGCAGGCGGUAGAGGUUCAGCCUUCCCAGCACUCCCAGCAUGUCCCAACAACUACCACAACCACGACAACUUCAAAGAAAAGCGACAAAAAGAAAAGUGACAAUAACGGCAUUAAAAAGAAAAAAACGAGAACUACUUUUACUGCCUAUCAGUUGGAAGAAUUGGAAAGAGCCUUUGAACGUGCUCCAUAUCCUGAUGUGUUCGCCCGAGAGGAACUAGCUCUGAAGUUGAAUUUAUCCGAAUCAAGAGUUCAGGUUUGGUUUCAAAACAGAAGAGCGAAAUGGCGUAAGCGUGAACCACCAAGAAAGACAGGAUACAUAGGAUCCAGCUCACCAAGUUCUACCACAUUAGGUGGUGGCUUUUCGGGUAUCGGAGGCAACUUGCCAGCAUUCCCUCAAAACGGCUUACCAGCACCUUCAGAUUCUUGGUCCUACCAACACUCGUACGAACUGUCAUCACAUCAUUUGCUGUCUUCGGGCAGUAGUGGUUAUCCCGCUUUCAACACGCAACCGGCUUAUUCUUAUACCACAGUGCUGAACGGACAUGACGGACAAAUGUUCGCGCCACGACAUUCAUACGAGUACGGAGAGGGCAGCCCGCCCCCGCUAGGCGUACGUGACUAUCCCAUGAUUGCUUCACACUCCCCGCAGAUGGAAACCCACGGGCACGAAGACAAAUUAGAAUACCGUGGCCAUGAACACGAAGACAAAUAUUCAGCGUGUGCCUUACAAGAGGAACCGCCGCGGUACACCUCCCCACCCGAAGAUUAUGACAAAUGUAAUAUGGUGCCUCAUGACAAACAUUACGAAAUUGAUCGCCACUCUGAACUAGCACAGCCUGUAGUAGUCAAGAUGGAACCCAGCCCCGGCCAAGCAUACACGUCACUGCCCCCUUUUUUGAAUUGAAAUACUCCUUUUCGAAAUUAUCGUAGAGAACAGAUCAAUUUCGAAAAGGGGUAUUUAAAAAAGGGCGAAUAUUACAAUUAAAUAUAAGAUAGAACUAUUGGUAGACUUAUUUUUUAAACUUAACAGUUAUGAUAUCUUGUACCUAGAAUACUCAAAGGUUGGUACCUAUUGACAAAGGUUUUGAACAUCAAAUAAAGUGGAAAUUUAUUUAGCGUUCUGGAAAGUGAAAAAUGAUAGUAGUUAUGUUAAAAUUAUUAAUGUUUGUACAUAAUAAAUAAUUGUAAUAUGUGGUUGCCUAUUUGGUUAGUUUGUUAGUAAACGGAGAAAGCUGCCAAUUACGACCGCAUUAUAACCACAAUGACAACACUCGUGCAUUCCUUGUGCCUUAUUACUUUAUAAUUAGGUUAUUUUUCCGUAGAGUAAGGGUUUAACCCACAUUAUUUUAAUUUGGAUAGCGCUAGUAUUGAUAAUAGUAUUCUCAAUAGUGUUAUAGUUAGUGUUGGUUAGAUAUUGGUAACUGCUAUGGAAAUGGCUUUACACGAAAAUCCAUAUAUUUUUUUUUUAUGAAUGGUAUCAUGAAAACCUUACAAGACCAACAGAUAAAUAUAUAAGGAUCUAAUUGUAAAUAUAAAUAAUAUACCAUAAACGUGAAUCACGUGCCAAAUACAUUAGCUAUUAAAUAAAUAUUAUGUUUUAAGUAAUAUAAACUUUUUUAUAAAUAUUAAUUACGUUUACAUUUAUGAAUUAAGUAUUUUUUUUUGCAUUUGCUAUUUUUAAUAUACCAAAGAGGUUUGAUGCAGAUCAAUUCAUAUUUUACCUGCAGGGUUAUGGCGACUACAGUAAAAAUGUAUUGAUUUUUUUAUAUAUAAGUUUAAUUAAGUUCUUGCAUGAAUUGUAAGUUAAGUUUUAAAGCAAUAUAAUGUAAACUGGUUAUAUGAAUGAUAAUAAUAAUCACUAUGUGCUUAUAAAA